UAUGAAGAUCCUAGCUGUUUUGUCACUGAUAUUUGCAAUCUGUUCUUGUGAAAAUACAACUUAUACAACCAAGUAUGACGAUGUGAAUCUGGAUGAGGUAUUAGCAAGUGACAGAUUGCUGACUGGGUACAUCAACUGUCUUCUAGAUAAUGGGCCCUGUACGCCCGAUGCUAAGGAAUUGAGAAGAAACCUUCCUGAUGCUAUACAAAAUGACUGCCAGAAGUGUACUGAGCAUCAACGAGAGGGUGCUGAUAAAGUGAUGCAGUUCAUCAUAGACAAUAGACCUGAAGAUUGGCAAACCUUGGAGGAAAAAUUCAAUGCUGACGGUAGUUACAGGCUUCAGUACUUAUCGAGGAAAACCUUAAACUCGACCGAGCCGCCAAUCAAUGAAUAAAAUAAUAGACAGACAUUAAGUUGUUCAAUUUAUUGGUAAAAAAAUGUUUGUAGAAUAAAUAGUAUUGGGACAGCACUUGAAGUUGUAUUUUAAAUAGUUAUUUUUAAAGAAAAUACACUUUAUCGGAUAGAAGGCAUGAAAAGCUAAUCAUCGCAAAUGAAGUCGCAUCGUUAGUUCUUAAUAUUGCCUUCUAUUUAGUAACGUGUACUUUUUUUUUAUGACAUCUGUUACAAUCAACAAAUAUAAAACCUACAAUAUUUAAAAUGAACAACGCUAUAUAAAUACAAUAAUUGCGAAUAUUUUUUGUCAGGCGCUAUAUAAAUUGCAACGAAACAAUAUCUAGCAAUUGCUUACAUACACUGACAUAUUCUAUAUAUUUAUUUUAUUACUAAGACCUACACAAAUACUUUAAAUGAGCGAACAGGCAAAAAUUUUGAUAAAAUUCAUACUGCCAUUAACAACGACAUAAGUUUGUCGCAGGCGUUAAGAAAUUGGUACAGUAUUGACAUUUUUGAUGAUGGUCUCAAACGAAAAAUGUGCCGGCUUACACGGUAGAAAUUUUGUAUUCUGACUCGAAGAUAAAAGUCAACUGCAGGUCCAAACAAUAAAUUCAAACGAACUUUACGAAGAAGUUUCACUUCUGACAUGUGUACUUUGUACGAACGCACUUUUCUUUUAAUAUAUUAUAUCAGGUGUCAAACGGAUGGCUUAUCUGAGGAUAUGAUGGUGAUACCGCCGCCCAUCGACAAUUAUAUUGUCUCGGCAGUGGACGGCCUUUUAAGUAUUGGUGCGCUCUUUUUUUCGAGGACCAAUAGUUGAAUUGGUUUAAAAAUACUUCAGAAGUUGAUUCCACAUAGCGGUAGUACGCGGUAAAAACUGCACUAAGAAAGACUCAGAUCUGGAAAGACGGACGUCGAGGUGAUACGGGUGGUAUUUCGUAUUCUGCCCUGUCCGAUGAUGCAACUCAGCAGGUAUUCAUUCAAACUCCCCUGAACACUCACCAUGGUAAAUGCGGUAAAUGAUGCAGAGACUAAACAUGUCUACGCAAGAGAUCUAGCCGCUCUGAAAGUGCCUGGUCGUCGACCAAGACAUCUAAGCACACUUAGUAUUUCACUUUAAUAUGUGCAAAGAAAUUUGUUGAAAA